GACAUUUUAGACGUUCUGAUGUUAUUAUAACGUUGUAUCUCUUGAAACUGACACAAGCUAAAAUUACUAGUGAAGCAGUGAAUAUAUUAUUGUGAGAGAUCGUUUAAAAGUGAAGGAAUAACAUUUCGUCUUACGGUUGGCCCAGCUUACUCGUGGAAGAAGUGAAAAAAUAUGUGGGCAGACGAAGAACCAGCACCAUGGGAUAUCGAAGAAACCCCAGCAGAAGAAACCACUGAGGCUGCUGAACAAGGAGCUGCUGGUGGCGAAGCAGCGCCUGCAGAAAAACCAAAGAUCAAAUUAGAAAAAAUUGAACCACCGCACUACAAUCACCAUUGGGUUCGACCUCUUUUCCUUAAUUACGCUUAUCUUUAUGAAUAUAGAAAAAAUUAUUACGACGAUGUGAUCGAUUAUCUGAACCAAAGGCAGAAAGGAUUAUUCCGAGAACCUCCCAGAGCGCAAGAAUGGGCCGAACGAGCAAUGAGGACUUACGACCAGAAGAAUACCGACAAGAGUUACAAACGAUCUGCCGAUAUGAAAUACAUAAUUAACAUGAGACAUGAACCUAGAUAUUACAGCUACCAUACCCGAGCAUAUUAUAGCUUGAAGUAUCAGAAAAUUUUGUAAAUUUAUUUUUUAAUAAUAAAACUGUAUAACUUAAUGAUAUACUGACAGAGUCGACACGUGCGGCAUAGAUGUAAAGUACAUUACAGUCGUUUUUAUAUAUGCGCAAUCUAUAACGAUCAAUUUUUAACAAUAUCCACGACUAUUUGUUCUGUCAUAUUUCUAUUUUCCGAGGAUCCUGUAUUGGAUAUUUUCUAGAUAAA